AUGGCGUCCGAAGCAACCCCCAGCAACUGGCAAGACCUUGUCGCCGCCAAACGUCAUGAAUGCGAGCAGAAGAUUCCUCGUGACUGGCUCCUAAGCCCCGACCAGCUGGCGUUAGCGCAGGCAACCCCGCAUGUACUAGAGAUUGAUCUUCCUCGUCGCAGUGGUGUGCUCUCCGAAGUCGAAUUGGACCUGACCGAGAAUUAUACCGCAAGUCAGCUGUUGGUCAAGUUGGCAUCGGGAGACGCCAGUUCGUUGGAUGUUACAGGGGCGUUUUGUAAGAGGGCUGCUAUCGCGCAGCAGGUUAUCUCAUGUCUCACAGAGACCUUCUUCCCUCAGGCGUUGGAGCGUGCUAAGUACCUGGAUGAGUACCUCCAGCGGGAGGGAAAGCCUGUUGGUCCCCUACAUGGUCUGCCGAUCAGCAUAAAAGACAGUUUCUGCGUCGAGGGUGUGCAGUCAACAAUAGGAUAUGUCGCAUUUCUCGAGAACGAACCCGCGAAGACGAACUCCGCACUAGUGAAGAUGCUUCUGGAGCUUGGCGCGGUGCUAUACGUGAAGACCAAUAUACCACAGACAAUGAUGACAGCAGACUCGGAGAAUAACAUUUUCGGCCGCACCCUGAAUCCACACAAGACAACCCUAACAGCGGGCGGAUCCAGCGGUGGGGAGGGUGCAUUAUUAGCCUUCCGGGGAUCGAUUCUAGGUGUGGGCACCGACAUCGCCGGCUCAAUUCGCAUCCCCGCGCUAUGCUGUGGGGUGUACGGCUUCAAGCCCACAGUCGACCGUAUCCCCUUCGGUGGACAGGUCUCCGGCGCCGUGAAGGGAAUCCCGGGACUUAUUCCAGUCGCAGGUCCACUAGCACAUAGCAUUGCUGAUCUCAAGCUGCUGAUGAGUUCCGUUGUCGCCGACGGCCAGGCGUGGAAGUAUGACUCUGCUGCCGUCGGGGCCCCGUGGCAGACCAUCCCGUCUAGUAUCAACGCUAGCGAAAGCUUGACCAUCGGCGUGCUUGCCGAGGACGAGUAUUUCCCGCUCCACCCGCCUGUAAAGAGGGCUCUAGAUCGGGCUGUCGAGGCAUUGACGCGUGCAGGACAUCGUAUAAUCCGACUUGCGGGUGACGAUGAAGCACAUAGUUUGGCAUAUGCGUCGCGCAUUGCAUUUCAGUAUUUUACCUACGGCCCGCACAAGGAUGUCAUUGCGGCCAGUGGCGAGCCCCCUGUAACUUCAGUUGCUAAGGCUGCCAGCCCAAUGUCAUCUGGUCCUUUUCCUGCUCAGCAAGGUCAAGGACCAUUUGAGACUAUCCUGGCGUUGCAUGCGGCUCGCCAGCGGGUUCAUGAGGCCUGGAGGCAGACAUGGGUGGAUCAGAAGCUCGAUGUGAUUCUGGCUCCUGGAGCUCAGAGUACAGCUGUUGGCCAUGAUACUUAUGGAUGGCCUUCUUAUACGGUGAUGUGGAAUGUCUUGGAUUAUCCGGCAUGCAUUAUUCCAUUUGGAAAAGCUUCCAAAGAGCUUGAUCCCGAACCUAUGACAACAAGUGAUGAUGCGCAGCCGAACUAUCUCGCCGACGAGGUAGAUGGCGCUCCAUGCGCUAUCCAGGUCAUCACGCCGCGCUUCCAAGAUGAGAAGUGUCUGUGGGCAGCCGAUAUCAUCGACCGGACUCUGGCCGUUUAUGGCAAGGAAUAA